CGGCAUAUCUUUGUUCAAUUCAAGGAGAGAGGGCGAGCCCGCAAAGGAGUUGGUCUCUUCACGCCCUACGUCGCUCGAUUGCCGCUUCGCUCCCGUGUGGUGGUUGUCGUCGGCCCAAACAUAGUUUCGUGUGAGAAGACGGACGGGAGACAAGCUUAGCGCCAGUUGGAGACCCACCGCAAAUUGUGUGAUCGGCCACGAGGCGGAUCUUGGAUGUAGCCUCUCCUCGCUAAUUGACUUCCUGUCUCUUUCAAAACCCCAAGCAGAAGGAAAUAUUCAUUCCGCGCUGGAUCCGAGAUGGACACUUCAAAUGACUCGACAGACGCCGCCAAUGCUGAAGGUGGUGGCAGCGAUCAGACGCACGCAGGCCUCUCUCCAAGUCGAGAACUCUUGCGAAACCCACUGUCUAGAUCGCCCAUCGGAUCGACGGCAGAAAAAACGACUCCUCCUCCAACCAAAGACGGCGGAGAAGAGAAACGCGAACAAGUGCCUCACGAGGACGGCGAAAGGAGCGGAGAAAGUUUCGACGAGGAAGAGAACAAAGUUGAAAUGGAAGAUGAACCGGGUCACACGUCAGCAGAACUACAGCGAGCUGAAGAAACGAAAAAUCCCGAUGAUGGCAUCAUUAAGCCAGAGGUGGAGGGAGAAGAAGAGAGAGAUGAAGAGUGUAUCGUGGACCAUACACCAGACAGCUCAACCGCCGAGGACACUGGUGGUGAGAAAGUCGUGGCACCCAAUGAGGCUGUGGAGCAAGAAGAAGAAGAAGCAGGGACGGCCCUGAAGCCUGGUUUAUGUAAGAGCCAUGAGGAAGAUCCCAGUGAGGAUCCCAGUGGGGAAGGAUAUCCGAUGGAGGUUGAGAAUGAGUGCCGGAGGAAAGAAGAAGGUUGCACGGGAGAGACAGUUGGUCUUCAAACAGAAGAAACCACGAGAGAGUCCGACAAUAGUGCUGAAAGCCAGACACAGGGUUUUGCUGGAGAAGAGGGAGCAGAGGCAGUCACAGAAGACAAGCAAGAAGACGUGACGACCCAGGAAGAAGAGGACGAGCUAGAAUCAACGACGGACGAAGCACAAGGUGGCCACAGUCCCGGGAAGACACCCAGUGGGGAGGAUCAGACUGAAGCUGGGCCCACUGACGCAGAGAAGGAUUCAAAACCUUUCAACGUUCCUGUGAAUCUUCCAGGAGAGAUGGCUGUUGCGCCGUCUGGCCCUGUCUCGUCUUCAUCGGUCUCCCCUCCCUCACUUACCACACUCUCGAGCCCUCCCCAGGUCACCUCUUCUUCUGUCGUUUCCGAUAGUUCCUCCACUUCCACACACUCUCCUCCACCGGAUCCCAUCACCGAUUCUUCUUCUCUCCACUCCCCAACUCCACAUCCUCCCUCCCUCACUUCCCCACCCUCUCUCGCUUCUCCGCCGCCUUCCAACAUCGAUAGUGCACCCCCCUCUCUACCACUUGCCACUCUGCAAUCUCCCACCGACACUGUUCUACCGCGGCCCACAUCCACCCCACCACCCCACGCCACUUCUCACCCAUCUCCCCUAUCUCCCUCUUCACAAAUUCCCACAAUCACUCCUCUGCAACUCCACUCACCUAAAGUAACUCCUACGUCACUGAACGAACCUACCGUCAAUCCUCCAACUGUUACCACUUUACCUGAACCCCCCAGCACGACUAUUGAAUCCCCUCAACUAUCUCUUACUCUCGCGUCAUCUACACCACUACCUACACCAUCCGACCCCACGUCCUCUAAUGCUUCAAAGGUCAUCCGUACACUUCAAACAGGACAAACUCUAACUCAUAUCCAUUCCACUACACCAGGUGACACUAUAAUAACCGAUGGGAGGAGCAUAUCUACUGAUAGUAGUAUCGGUAAGGAAGAGGUUGAGAGAGUGGGAGGGCUGGAAGAAACGACCGAGCAAGAGAGGGGAGAAGACGCAAAUGAGUCUAUGAAGAACGAUGUUGAGAUGGUUGGGGAACUAACGGUGUCGCGGGCACGGAAGAAGGUGGAAGAGUGGGUGGCGAAGAGGAAGAAGGCAUGGAUGUGGAGGUGGGUGAGGAAGAGAACAGAAAAACAGACGCUGUUGUUUUGCAGUCACCCCAUGAGACCACUGCUCCCGAGGAUACGGGGAGAGGGGAGGAAGAUAUGGAGGUUGACGGACAUGCAGAGACCGACUUAG